AUGUCGAAGGAAUUUUGGAAUUUUGUGGAGAAAGGAGUGAGGCAAGGAUGCUCGUUAAGUCCGACCCUAUUUAAUAUAUACUUGGCGGAUAUAGAGGAAGAGUUGAAAAAGGGAAGGGGAGGAGUCAAAAUAGGGAACGAUAGGGUGUGGUCGAUUGAAUAUGCGGAUGACAUUGUGCUGGUAUCAGACAGAGAGGAGGGACUAAGAGAUAUGAUCAGGAGGUGUAAAAAAUACAUGGAAGGUAAAAAGUUAGAAAUAAGUAUAGAAAAAUCGAUGGUUAUGGUAUUUAAGAACAAAGGAGGAAAGGAAAAAGAGAUUUUGAUGGUGGAGAAAGGACAGACUGGAAGAGACUGUGAAAAAGACAUGGAAAAUCACGAGUUAGUGGAACGCGAACUGUUGAAGCAGUGCGGCCAGAUCGCUACUCUAGAGGAGUGUUUUGUAUGGCUGCAACGAUGCGACAAGUGUAUCGAGCAGCUCGAAGAACUCUGUCAUGCCAAGCGUUCGCGCCUCGCUGUUGUAUACAGACAAUCCGCAGUGGCGAAAAUCACGCGACUCGCGGAUGCAAAGACGCAAUUGGAACGAUGUUUCGUGGCGAGUACGCGAGUGACAACAAAAGAUCUCUUGUCUGGCGAGAGAUCGACGCCACGUUUGAGAAUGUUGUAA